UACGGAUCUAAAAUAGAUGUCGCUUUCUUCCAACAUGAUGAUAUUUCUAAAACUAUUAUUAAGUAGCAGAUUAAUUUUUAUCGCUGCGACAGCUUCCACUCGCAAUGAAUCUGUAUGUUAUCAAAAAUCAAAUAAUGUAAUACCAAUGCAUUACAAUAUCAAGCUUAUAACAUAUCUUGAAGAAAAUAUGUUCCGUGGGGAAUACAAUAUCAGCAUAAACAUUCUUAACAAAACGCAAAGCAUAUAUUUACAUUCAGAAAAAGUAUGUAUUGAAGAUAUAGUUCUAAUUACAAAUUUUGAAAGAUAUCAUGAGAAUGAUAAAGAUAUCGUUUAUAAAUCGACAUAUAAUACUAAAGAAGACACAAUUUAUAUGUACUUUAUGGAUGAGUUAUCACCAGGAAAUUACAUCUUAAAUAUAAAAUAUUUUAGUAUUGCUGAUGAAGUCUUUAGAAUUUUUGACGUGAAAGAAAAAACUGCUUGGGUAGGUGCUCUGCAUUUCCAGAUAAUAGGCGCCCUACCAUUUUUUUCAAACGGUACCUGUUUGCAUCUACAUGAUUUAUGGAUAGAAGCAAUCUUUAACAUUUCUAUAAAAUGUGAUUUAUGCACGACAUUGUCAAAUAUGCCAUUGCGAAGUACGAAUAUAGAUGACAACGAUAUGGUAUGGAGACACUACGGUACCACAUCUGCAAUGUGGACUGAAUACGUAACAAUGAUUGUGUCUAAUUACCUAUUUCUUAUUGACAUCAAAACUCGCAACAUUAAAAUGUGGUGCAGACUUGAAAGACUUCACAUGGAAUUUGCAAAAGAUGUAGCUGAAAAUAGCACGUUUUUUUUUAAAAUCAGUGGAGACAUUCAAACAAUAUUUCGAUGGUGACUCAUGUUGCAAUUCCAAAUUUUCAUGACAAAGGCACAACUGUUUUGACACUUGUUUUAUAUAGGGAAACAGAUAUCAUCUACGAUAAAAAUUUAUAUCCUGUUGCUCGCAAAUUCGAAGUAGCUCAAUUAGUAGGACGUAAAGUGACACAACAAUGGUUUAAUAACAUGAUGAACAAUCCGUUAGUGUCAAAUACUUGGUUUAAAGAAGGACUAUUUCAUUAUUUGCAACGUAUGCUGUC